GCCGCCUUCAUUUCCCACCGACUGGCAAAAUGCGCAUGCCUCCUACUCCUCGGCUCUUAGAGCUCUAUGUACCUCCAAGGAAGUUGCUAAAGGAAACAAACUACAGGAGCUGGACAAGUGGAUGUGGAAUGAUCUUCACAAGGCGAUAGUGGAACGAGGCAGCUUGACGCGGGACGAGCUGGUCAAAGUCAUGGAGUGGAAGUUGAGUGUAAGAUUUCUGUGAAUGACGUGUUCCUCGGGAGAUGAGGUGUUGGGGAUUGAGCGAUAUUUUUUCAGAGGGGAAAAUUUCGGCCGACCCUUCUUGCGCAGGUGUCCUCCAAUCCACCAGAUGUUGUUGUAGGGGCCUCUCGCAGAGGAUUUUCGUUAGUUAAAGAAUCUGAUGAAUCUAUAAUAGCCGCCUUGAAGGAAUUGGCAAAGCUGAAAGGUGUCGGACCAGCCACCGCUUCUGCUCUUCUGUCUGCAUAUAAUCCGAGUAUCCCUUUCAUGUCGGACGAAGCACUGUCCCUCUAUUCCGCUAAACUUCAAUAUACAGUACCUGCGUAUAAAAACCUUUUGGAGAAGCUGCGCGCUCAAGCUGCCGAAUUAAACAAGAGGGAAGGGAGCGAUAAUUGGACCGCUGGAAAAUGCGAGCGCGCUGUGUGGGCUUGGUGCAUUGGGAAGCGGUUUGGACUGACUGAGAUGGGUGAGGACAAAGGAAAUGGAAAUGACACGGGCACUCCUGUCACAGAAGAAGAUGGAAUACCUGAGAAGGAGGAAAAGCGUCCCUCAAAGUCCAAUGAUGAUGACGAAACGACUGGUCUAAGGAGGAGUAAACGACGGCGAAAGGCGGCCGAUGAGGAUGUCUCAUAAAAAUAAUACCUUGCCGGACGUAGCAUCGCCCUCCCA